UACCACUUAACGGAAUCUGUUAAGUGAGAACCACUAAAUGUGAAGUAGGUGUUUCGCUUGUAGCAGUGUAUUUGCGACAUGAUCGAUAAACCAUAAUUGCAACAUAGAUCGCCAAAAUUUCUUUUUUCUUUUGAAAUCAUAAACUUUCAUGCAAAAAUUUCUCAUUUCUUAUUGGCAUGAUUGUGAAUCAAUCUUAAUCUAAUAAUCUUCCUCCCUUGUUGGAGUAGAUUCAACACCGCUAAAACCCUAACUUUUCAUGGUUUAAUUUACUGAAUUUUGCAUAAUUUUUGGGGCAAGAGUGAUUUCGAAGAAUGGGGCUUUACUCAACUGCGACGAUCUCAGCUGACGCCGUGAAAUUGUGUGUGUUUGACCUGCGAAGGGGACAGCGAGAAGGUGAAGAGGUUGAAAAAAUUCUGUAUUUCUAUCCCUCCGAAUUGCCAUUGACUGAUCAACUCUCUGUGAUUGGGCUUAGUGAAGGUUUGAUCACCUUCACAAGAAUCUUCUCUCCAGAUGCUGCUUGUGAAGUCAUUGAGGCUGAGAGGCAUUCCCAUGUUUUCUAUGAAGCAGAGCCUGACGUUUGGAUGGUGAUGGUAGUGGAAAAGAAUAAGGAGUUGGAAGGUAUAUGGCGUAUCGAGGCCCUAAGGGGAAUGCUUAAAGAAGUGCAUUCUCUGUUUGUAAUGUUCAAUGGAUCCAUAAGAGCAAUGCUUGACAAGGAAUCUACUGGAGCACUUAUCCGCUCACAUUUAUUCUCCUUUAUCACUGAUUAUCUGUUUGCAUGUCAAAAACGGUAUGCUUUGGAUUUCUGCUGCUGGGAUUUCCUUGCUGGAAAGAAACUCCAACUACCAUCCUUCCAUGAUUCUUUACAAGAAAGAGGAACUGUGCAGAUGUUGACUGUAGGACGUGAGGCUGCAAUAGAAAUUCAGUCACUAGUACGAGUGCUUGAAUCAUGUGCUGGAAGUGCAGGGUGCCAUUCCCUUGUCUUGUUCCAUGAUCUGUUGGUGUCAACUUCUGUUUGUCCGGAUGACACUGUCAACUUAUAUACUUAUGCUGUUUUAAGGAUGACUCCUCGUGCUUUAUCUGCCAGUGGUAGCUCAUGGUCCUAUUUACGCAAAGGAAAUACUGCUGCUCAUCUUACAGCAGGAUCCAUCCUUCCAACUUCAUCCACUUUUACAGAACGAGUUCAAGGAUCACGAGAUACCUCCCCUAGUGGAGAAAGUAGAUAUCUCAUUGCAAGGCCUUUGCAGCAGGGCAAGUGGUCAAAAGGGAAGGAUGGUUUUCUUGUAACUAACCAAUGGGGAUCAGAUAUGAAUGCUUCAUUCCUCACUGUUUUGCUUCAGCAAACGAAAGAGAGAAUGUAUCUUUGUGCACAUCAGCACAAAAAUGUCACCAUUAUUCUUCUGAUUCCUGUCACCUCUAUUAAUAAUGCAGAAAGAGAGAUACCUGUGCUGAAGCAGCAGCUUUUGGAGAAUGCAUCAUUAAAGAUCUUGAAAGUUGAAGAAAAACUUGCAAAAGGUUGGGGAGGUGAGAAUGCGUACCAUGUCAGUGGUUAUCGGUAUCUGUUAGUGGAUGGUGAUAGAUGCGUGUCCAGGGCUUCUCCUGCAGCAAAAGCUGCAACCUUAGCAAAGGAAUCUUUGGUUGCAAUGUGCAAGCUGAGGGAAGAGGUUGACAUGGAAAAGAGUAGAACUAAAGAUGAUGAUGUAAAUCAUGAUAAAGACCUGGAAGUGUGCAUCAGGGCCAAAAAUAACUCAUGGGUUGUUGCUCGGAUAUUGAGAGGAAAAGAGCUCUAUGUGGUUUUGGAGAAAGCCAACGAAACACUUCUUUAUGCAUCAGAUGCCAUUGAAAAGUUCAGCAACAGGUAUUGCAAUGGAAUUUUCUCAUAGAGUUCAUAUUCAUGGAAGCUAAAUGCAAAAUGAGGCGGAGAAGAAGCUUGUAUCAUUCUUUAGACUUUUGCUUAGAAUCAUGGCACCUUAUUUUGUACAUUUUUGUUGAAUAUAGGUGGAUAAAUGUCCAAAUAGUGUCUAGUUUAUUUUAAAAUGUCCACUUCUGUAUUUGAUGUUAUCUAUUCACAUUGUUGGAUCAAUAUUAUUGCUGUUAUAAUUGUGCAUA